AUGGAGAAAUCAGUGGAAGAAAAGAGACAGGUGGCCGUCCGCACCACCUCCAGCCAUGCGACAGCCGUCGCGCCCGAAAUCGACGCCACACGCGACCUCACCGUCGCCGAGCACGAGCUCGGUUUUUGGGCUGCGGUGCGCAUGUACCCCAAAGCCACCUUCUGGGCCAUGUUCUUCUGCAUCGCCGUCGUCAUGGCCGGCUUUGACGGCCAAAUCAUCACCUCCUUUUACGCACUCCCCGCCUUUCAGCUCAAAUACGGCGACCGCAUCGUCAAGCCCGAUGGCACCGUCAAGUACGAGGUGGCGGCGGCAUGGCAGACCGGCCUCGGCAUGGGCAACCCGAUCGGACAGGUCAUUGGCGCCUUGGCGUGCAGCUAUCCGCUCCAGUAUUUCGGCCGUCGGCUCACGCUCGCCAUGUGCUGCAUCUGGUCCAUUGGUUUCGUGUUUAUGCAAUUCUUUGCCACGUCCACGGCGAUGCUGUGCGCCGGCGAGGUGGUUGGUGGUCUUGCCUAUGGCUUCUACGUCGUCAUUGCGCCGACGUAUGCCUCCGAGGUAUGCCCGGUCGUGCUUCGGGGCUUUCUGACUGCGUCUGUCAACUUGGCCUUUGUCAUUGGCCAAUUCAUCGCGCAGGGCUGCGCGGCUGGUGUUGAGAGCCGUCUGGACCAGUGGGCGUACAAGGCACCUUUUGCUAUUCAAUGGGUCUGGCCUGUGGUAUUACUUGCCGGCCUUGGGUUUGCCCCCGAGAGUCCCUACUGGCUGGUUCGCUGCGGCCGCAGAGAUGAUGCUCGCAAGUCGCUGCUCAGGCUGACUUCCACCAAACACAACCCCGACAUUGACAAGAUCCUACUCGGAAUCGAACAAACUGAUCGGUUGGAGCGCGAAUACGAGGAUUCUACCUCGUACCGGGAUUGCUUCAAGGGCUCCAAUCUCUUUCGAACGGAAAUUUCUAUCAUGGUCUACCUGAUUCAAGUCAUUGGUGGUAACCCUCUUAUCGGCUACGCCAAUUACUUUUUUGAACAAGCUGGACUGCCGAGCGCCAAGGCUUUCUACAUGGGAGUCGGCAACACCGCCCUGGGUUUUGUUGGCACCGUCCUUUCGUGGCCGUUGAUGAACUACUUCCUUCUUGGCAGAAGAGCAAUCUAUACUGGUGGACUGGGAAUCAUGACGGUGCUUCUCUUCAUCAUAGGGUUCCUGGCAAUACCCAAGCACAAUACUGGCGCUGUCUGGGCGCUCUCAACACUCAUGGAUAUUUGGACUUUCGUCUACCAGAGCUCUGUUGGUCCGAUUUGCUUCGUCAUCAUCUCUGAGAUAUCAGCAACCCGACUCCGCGAAAAGACCAUCGCCAUUUCGACCGCUGUUCAGUCCGCUGCUAAUGUAGUCACUAUGGUCGUCAUGCCCAUUCUCCUGAACAGCGACAGAGCGAAUUGGGGUGGCAAAACCGGCUUCCUUUUCGGCGCCAUCAGCCUCUUCUGCUUUCUGUGGUGCUUUUUCCGCUUGCCCGAGUCACAGGGAAGAACAUAUGAAGAACUAGACAUCUUGUUCCACAGACAAAUACCAGCGCGCAAGUUUGCGAGCUACGACUUGAUUGCGGAAGCAGAUGAAAAAUACCCAACCGCAUAG